AUGGUCUUCCGAUACACAAAGGAGAAUUUCGUCGGAAUUUAUGGCAUUGUUUGUAGCAAUGGAAAAAGAAAGUCCACCUGGAUGAAAGUGAAAUGGAAGAAUAUCAGGCCUAGCGACGAUGAAAUCUUGGUGAGGGCGUGCUCUUGGGAGCCGAAAUCCAAGCUUGUCCGCUUUUGUGGUGGUAAAAAAGCAACCGAAGAAAAGACAGACAAAGUCUGGAGAAACCAAAAGAAACGAUAUACAGAAUACCAGGAGGGGGUUACCCCGAAGUUUGAUUCUCAAGGACGCAGCAUCUAUGGACGUUCGCCGACUCCCUACCCACCUGAGAUGACGAUAGAGCAAUACCGACAAGAUCGAGAAGAAAAGCAAGGCCGAGAUGCUGCCAAAAUCAAAAUCGAAACUCCCAACGGCUUCCGGCAGCAGUCAGACAAUCUGCAGUCUGAUAAAAGUGCGAUCAAAACCAAAGAGGAAUUCAUGGAGCAGAAAAUGAAGGGGGACGAAUGGGAAAAGCUCAGCGAUCUAGAGAAAGAGAAGCGAAAAGUAGAGCUUGAAGCACUUUAUGAUGUCUAUAUGGAGACCGUGAGAAACUCUGGAGAAGGCCCUAGCCAUGCGCCAGAGGAGACUUCCAUUUCUGUCAGUUAA